AUGAGUUCACGACAGUCUCAUCAAGCCUAUUUCCAAGAUUCAUUUAAUCCUCAUUAGCAGAGGUAACCUAGGAAUCAGCCUUAAACAAAGCAAUAUAAGGGUUAUCAAUCAGAAUGUCAAAAUAGUCAAAGAAUAUCACCAGACAGGUCAUCUUAUAUUGCUAGAGAUGACUAAUCUCCAUCUUAGUAUAAUCCCUAAUAUUCGCAAUAUUAAUAUGAUUGGUAUGGAUCUCCAGAGCCAAAGUAAAGAGAGUUUCAAGAAUUAAAUGUAUCUAAUAUUUAAAAAGCAUAGUUACAAAGAGAAAAAGCAUAAUUAUAAGACAAUUUAAAGGAUUUGACCUAUAUGGAAUUGCUAGCAGGCUCUAAAAAAUAAAACUUGAAUUAAAGCGAGAUAUAGAGCGUUCAAAAUGACAAAUAAUCGAAUGUUCCUAGCUAAGUUAUGAUAUCUCCAGAUUCUUACUACAACCAAAGAGUGGGAUAAGGUAGUAUCAUAAAUAAGAACUAUAAUAAUGAGAAUGACAGCUCUAGUAUUUAGUAGCAACAGACACCAUACUCCAAACUUGGAGAUGUAACCCUCAAUUAAGAGUCCUCUGAUUAGCAAUAUAUUAGAAGAUAAACAAUGACUCUAGGUGAGCUUAAUGCUAGUUAAGAGCCAGCAGAAAGAUAAAAGUUGCUUGAUUCCUAUCUAUAUUUCAAUAAGAACGAGUAAUCACCAAUAAGACAUGAGUAAAGUAUUGAUAAAGACGAUGAAGGACUUAGACCAUUAUCUUCGAUUCACUAUGAUGGAGUUAAAUCUGUUUAUCAACAAGAGUUAGAAAUUCUAAAAUAUAGUAUAGCCUAAUGUCAAAAGUAGGAUAAAUAAAUUGUACCUAAUUUUGAUUAGAAAGAGAAUAAACUUUGGGAAAGUUUCUCAAGAAGUCCAUCACCAGAAACUAGAAAUAAUCAGAAUCAGAACAUACUCAUUGAAAAUGAGUAUAGCCCUAAGAAGAUAUAAAAUAUAAGCAAACCUGAAAAUAUUUUAAGAAAUGAGAUUUACAUGAUAAUGCUUAAAAAGCAAACAUAAUUGCCAGAUAAUAAAUAAAAUAUUAAUGCAAGUCAAGGCCAAUAACUGCAUUAAGCAAGUUUCAAUAACAACAUGAGAAGUUCAGCUGGAUUUAGAAGUUCAGUAAAUAAUUUAGAUGAAUCAUCUAGGUUAACAUACAGUAAAAAUGUGGACGAUUAAACAAUGCAGAGUCCUUAUUCAACAAAAUUAAGAAAGAGUAGCUAUAAUGGGGGGAUUCAGCCAUAUGAAGCUUCUAAUUCACCAAUAUUUAAGCAGAAUGUUAAUUUCUCUGAAAUAAGGGAAAGGGAGAUUGAGGAAUCAGAAUCUAGUAGAAUUCAUGGAAUACCAGAUGACGACAUUGAAAAAUUGCGCAAAGAAAAUGAAAUGCUGAGGAAGAAUUUGAAUAAUAUGAUAGAGAAUAAAUCUAAAGGACUUGCUUUUGCACACAAUGAUCAACCAUCAGUUUAAUACUUUGAUUAGGGUAGCCCAAGUGUUACUUCUAAUCCUUAUCAAAGAAACCUUUAUAAUUCAGCAAAAUUAGAUUAUGAUAUAAGCAGCAAAAUCCUAUCUGAAAAUGCAAGAGGCGUUAAUUAAACACAAUCAUAGCACCACAAUAUCUCGAACUCUAUGUAGGUUUAGAAGGAAAUAUAAUAUUAAAAUCCAAAAGACUAGUAGUUCGCAAUGCUUCUCAACGCUGAUGAAGAAUAUUUUAGAUAGAUUACAGAGGAAGAAGAAGAGGAGGCUGAAAGAAUUAGAAAAGAGCAAUAUAGUUCUAAUAGUAGUCCAUAUAAAUAACUUUCUUAUCAUUAGCAAGUCAAGAAGUUUAGAUAAGACAGAUAAGAUGAAGAAUAAAAGAUGUUUUCAACCGAGGAAAAGAGAAUAAAUAUAUAGAAGAGAAUAAUAGCAGAGCAGAGAAUUAAGGAGAAUCCAGGACUAAGAGGAACACUAAUGCAAGGGCUAAAGCUUAAUCUUGUCAAGUUGUAAAAGCAAAAAUAUGCUGAAAACUCCAAAAGAUCAGCAUAAAACUAAACGCCAACAAAGUCAAAUAUUUAACAGAGAAAUAAUUAAGCAUAUCAAACUCCUCAGAAAUAAAGAUAAGCUUAAGAGCAACAAAGCGUAUGA